AUGACCGGGACCGUUCCAGCACCUCCUGGGCUUGGCCCGGCCCCGACCCUGGGGCUGCCGAGUGCUGCUCUCAACGGCGGCGCACGAUCCGAGGACGUUACACCAACGGAUGUGAAGCAGGAGAUCUCGAACAAGAUAGGACAGCAGGUGCAGACCCUGUUGCUUCAAGCAAAGAAAGAGUCUGAGCAGAAGGUGACAGCUGAGCUGAAGCUCCUGCACCAUGCCAUGCAGGAGAUGGAUUCUCGGCUUGAUGGCCUCGUUAAGCAGCUGGACGAUAUGCAGGUGCAGCCGAAUCAGGAGGCCCUGGAGCAAGCAGCAGUGGUGCAGGCCCUGGCGAAGGUUGAGCAGCAGUGGGGCAAGGAACUUGGCAAGCUCAAGGGGGAGCUGCAUCAGACGAUCUUUGCGCACAACCACAAUGCCGAUCUUAUGAAAUAUCAGAAGGAGACUCUGGACAAGAUACGGCAGGAGAUAGAUUCGCGAAGCACUUCCAACCCGGACAAGAUCAGGGCAGCCAAGGCUCAGGUGGCAAAGAUCGAGACCAUGUCCAAGGGAGCGCAGAGACAGAAGUUGGAUCCUCUUCUGAUGAGGAUGUCCGCCUUAGAGCAAAAGAUCUUCCGAUGGAUGCAGAGCGGAGGACCAGCUGCAGCUGCCAAAUAUCCCGCCGUUCCUGGAGUUGGCCUCGCUGGCUUGGGUUCCACGCCGUCGGCCACAAGGGCGAUGGCCAAGCAGCAAUCCGUUCUCACCCAGGGUAUCGCAGGCCUCAGCUUGGCUGAAAACCCCUACUACGGACUGGCCGGGUCUGAGGGCUUCGAAGGUUUGGAAGCUUCUACGGCGAUGACGGCUCCGGCCGGUCUUGAGGAGGAAGAGGAGGAUGCUGAGGACAGCCUUCAGUCUGUCCUUGCAAAGGCAUUGGCAGCAGCUUCUGCCGGCAGCUCUGGAGUUGCCUCCGCAUAG